GAAUCUUGGCCUAAACUCAAACCACCCUGCGGGGGGAUUGGUUUCAGGGCAAAGCUGCCAUGAGUCCGGCCAGCCGCGGGCGGUCUCGGCAGCGGCUCGGGGAUCGCGGCCUCAUGAAACCACCCUCACUUUCCAAGCGCCGUCUUCUGCCGCGGGUGCAGCUCCUGCCCCUGCUGCUGCUGGCGCUGGCCCUGGGCUUGGCUUUUUAUAUCGUCUGGAAUAGCUGGCACCCUGGGGUUGAGGAGGUAUCACGGAGCCGGGAUCUGCGGGUCCCGCUGAUCGGAAGCCUUUCAGAAGCCAAGCUGCGGCUUGUGGUAGGGCAGCUGGAUCCACAGCGUCUCUGGGGAACUUUUCUGCGUCCCUUGUUGAUUGUACGACCCCCAGGUAGUCCUGGCAAUCUCCAAGUGAGAAAGUUCCUGGAGGCUACGUUGCAGUCCCUAUCGGCAGGCUGGCACGUGGAACUGGACCCAUUCACAGCCUCAACCCCCUUGGGGCCACUGGACUUCGGGAACGUGGUGGCCACCCUUGACCCAGGAGCUGCCCGUCACCUCACCCUCGCCUGCCAUUAUGACUCUAAGUUCUUCCCUCCUGGGUUACCCCCCUUUGUGGGGGCCACAGAUUCAGCCGUGCCCUGUGCCCUGCUUCUGGAGUUAGUCCAGGCCCUUGAUGUCAUGCUGAGCAGAAUCAAGCAGCAGGCAGCACCAGUGACCCUGCAGCUGCUCUUCUUGGACGGGGAGGAGGCACUGAAGGAGUGGGGACCAAAGGACUCCCUCUAUGGUUCCCGGCACCUAGCUCAGAUCAUGGAGUCUAUACCGCACAGCCCUGGCCCCACCAGGAUCCAGGCUAUUGAGCUCUUUGUCCUUCUUGACCUUCUGGGAGCGCCCAGUCCAAUCUUCUUCAGUCACUUCCCCCGCACAGCCCGCUGGUUCCAACGACUGCGGAGCAUCGAGAAGCGCCUUCACCGUCUGAACCUACUGCAGUCUCACCCCCAGGAAGUGAUGUACUUCCAACCCGGGGAGCCCCCUGGCCCUGUGGAAGAUGACCACAUCCCCUUCCUUCGCAGAGGGGUCCCGGUGCUCCACCUCAUUGCGAUGCCCUUCCCUGCCGUGUGGCACACACCUGCUGACACUGAGGCUAACCUCCACCCGCCCACGGUGCACAACCUGAGCCGCAUCCUCGCCGUGUUCCUGGCUGAGUACCUGGGUCUCUAGCCUGCAGACUGAUACCCUGAAGGGAUCUUACAGCUAGCUGUGAACUGGUCACGUGCACUUGGAGCCAGUGCGGGGCGGCCAGGCUCACCUCAGAUGUAUGCUAUAACCAUGUCAAAGCCACGGUGUUUCAAGGAUAUGCAAGGAACACUGAGGGCAUAAGAGAGCCAAAGGAAAUCAGGAAUGAAUCCUUUGGCCUGUCCUGAAGUAAAUAACUGGAAGUUUCCAGGGACCAAUGAUGUGUCAUGGGCUGGCACUUGGACCAGUACCACCAACCAAAUGAAUCCUCUGUGGCUAACGUUUUAUGUCAGUUCAUUUGCUACUGCACGGACCCAGUUCAGACUCUGCGGCCUCUGCGUGGGGAUGGGCUCAUGACUUGGGACAGAGACGAAGCCUAGCUCUGUGUCCUACAGUCUGCCUGACUCGGGUGCCAACCUCGAGGGCGAAGGAGGACUGAAGGCCACAGCUCCCAUGAGAAGUGACAUUAAAUGAGCUUCCUCACUGCAAAAGGUGAGAUCUUCAGAGUAAAGAAUGAAAUAGUUCUCAAAGUACUUCACAGUGGGGCCUCUUUGCAGGAAGGCAUUUCAAGUUGAAGCUGCCUCAGAGCAUACUUUGGGAAAUACUGGCUUUGGCAGGUUUGAGAGUGGGAAUGGACUGGAUAGACUGAGAUCCACCUUUUGUUGUGUGUACAACUCUGGUGAAAAGAGUUUCUUUUUCUUUCUACUCUUGUUUGUUUUUGAUACGGGGUUUCUCUGUGUAGUGCUGCCUGUCCUGAAACUUCAUCUGUAGUCCAGGCUGGCCUCAAAUUUUAAAGAUUCACAUUCCUCCGCCUCCAGAGUGCUGGGAUAAAGGGCAUUAUCACCACUGCCUGGCUGGCCUGGAACUUUCUGUGUAGACCUUGAACACGAGAGAUGUGACUCCACCUCCACUGGGAUCGAAAGGAAGAGCCACCAUAUUC